AUGAGCUCCGGUGUGAGUGGUCCCUGUGCUCUCUCCAUGAGCUCCAGUGUGAGUGGUCCCUGUGCUCUCUCCAUGAGCUCCAGUGUGAGUGGUCCCUGUGCUCUCUCCAUGAGCUCCGGUGUGAGUGGUCCCUGUGCUCUCUCCAUGAGCUCCGGUGUGAGUGGUCCCUGUGCUCUCUCCAUGAGCUCCGGUGUGAGUGGUCCCUGUGCUCUCUCCAUGAGCUCCGGUGUGAGUGGUCCCUGUGCUCUCUCCAUGAGCUCCAGUGUGAGUGGUCCCUGUGCUCUCUCCAUGAGCUCCGAUUCCCCUGGGGUCCCCCCGAGUGCAGGGGCCCACCAGCUCUUCAGAGGCUUCAGUUUCGUGGCCUCCAGUUUGCUCGACGAGGAGGGCUUUGCAGAACCAGUGAAACCCACUCCCCACCCUGUCGUUCAGCAGCUCCAUGGGAAGAACGUCCUGUUCAGCGACGGCUACGUCCUGAAGGAGGACAUCGGGAUGGGCUCCUUCUCCGUCUGCAAACGCUGCGUCCACAAAGCCACCAACACUGAGUACGCGGUCAUGAUGAUCGAUAAGACGGCCACGGAUCCUUCUGAAGAGAUCGAGAUCCUGCUCAGAUACGGACAGCAUCCCAACAUCAUCACACUCAAGGACGUGUACGACAAUGGGAAGCAGGUGUUCUUGGUGACAGAGCUGAUGCGCGGCGGUGAGCUGUUGGACCGGAUCCUGAAGCAGAAGUGUUUCUCGGAGCGAGAGGCCAGUGCGGUGCUGUUCACCAUCACCAAGACUGUGGAGUACCUUCACUCUCAGGGGGUGGUGCACAGGGACCUGAAGCCCAGUAACAUCCUGUAUGUGGACGAGUCUGGGAACCCCGAGUCCAUCCGCAUCUGUGACUUUGGCUUUGCUAAGCAGCUACGAGCUAACAACGGACUCCUCAUGACGCCGUGCUACACCGCCAACUUCGUGGCUCCAGAGGUGCUGAAGAGGCAGGGCUAUGAUGAGGGCUGUGACAUCUGGAGCCUUGGGGUGCUGCUCUACACCAUGCUGGCCGGUUUCACGCCAUUCGCCAACGGCCCCGAGGACACUCCCAACGAGAUCCUGAACAGAAUAGGCAACGGUCACUUCAGCCUGACUGGCGGCAACUGGGACACGGUGUCGGACGCAACAAAGGUCUCACUGUUUCACUGCAGAACUCCAUUUUAUAAUUGUUUGUUUCAAGCAGAAUAA